AUGUAACUAACCCAAGCAUCCCAUAUACAUGCAAAAUCUUUGAAAAGAAGUCCCUAUCUGCAGAUUAAUACAUCAAACUUGCUAAGUUCAUGCUGGCUAAAUAAAAUAAAAGUAGCUUGCACUCACGAAAAUAACUGGAAGAUCAUGAGAUAUUUGAACAUGGCUCAACGAUUUAUGAGUUCUAAAAAUUUUAUUAAUAUCCAACUUAUUGAUUUUGACAUUAAGAUAGAUAAGUAGCUUUCAAAGAAAAAAAGGAACUUACUUAUGAGACUCUACUUAGAAAAAAAUAAGAUUAAGUCUGAUAAGAUCGUUUCAAUUUUCGUACAAAAUGUAGUUAAUCCUAGUGUAAAUUCUACAUUAAAUGAUAACUCAAGGCAAAAUUAGGGUAAUUUAAGUGUAGAUAUUCCAAUAUCCUCGUUGAUGUAAAGGUACUUAUGUGAUGUAAGGUAUCUGGGCGUAAUAUUCUUUCAGUUGCUUACUGGAAUCAAUCCUAUAUCAUAUUUGUAAAGCAUCUAAGAUGGAGUCAACCCCAAGAUAAGAUUCAACUGCAAUACUAAUAAUAUUCUUGUUUCUGCUUCUGGCUUAAAAUUUAUGAGGGACUGUCUGAUAUUUAAUCCUGAGAAGAAAAAUGGGAAGGGUAGUAUGCAAUCUAUAAUACUAAAUCAUGAAUUUUUUGGUAAAUCCAGCUCUGAAAAUCAAAAUGCUUAACUCUAUCGCCAAAAUUCAGCACUUUCUAAGAUUUCAUUUCAAAAGUUGCUUAAGCUUUUCAAGAAAUAUUUCAGGAUUGGUUAAAAGCUUAAGAUGGAAAUUUCUGACUUUGACGACUAAGGCUCUUUACCAAAUUCAGUUGAUCGUAAAAUUACACCAAAUAAGUCAAAAAGUUAAGAACCUUCUCUAUUUAAUAUCUCUACUGAAGAUGAUGUGGACAAAGCAAAGGAAGUUAAUUCUGAUGAGUUGAAUUAGAAUAAUAAUCAGAAUUAAUUAGAUAAUGGAACUAAAAGAAGUUCAGAAUUAUAAGCUGAUGAACGCAGUCUAAUCAUAAAUUACUGCAAAUUAUAAAUGUAUUUGAAAAAUCCUACUUCUCUGAUGAUUUAGAAUGCCUAUUUAAAGAUGAUGAUUGCUAGAUAAUCUCAAUAAAAGUAUAGAACUCUCACAGAACCAAUUAGAAUCAUUGAUUAUAAGCCUCUUUUACUGAUUAAUAGCACCAAUAUUGUGAAUCAAGGCUUUGUCAAGAUGAUUCCCAAAGCUUUUGAAAGAUAUUUCCUAUAAAAUUAGAUUUAUAAUUUGUGA